GAGAGCAUCAGCACCAUUAUCACUGAACGUCAGCAGCAGCUGGUUGCAGUGUCGUGUGAGAUCUCAAAUCUGGAAACAGUCAUGGACGAUAUCAAAAAUUUACGCCAGCAACUCGUCGAACGGAAGGAAAACAUUAUUCAGUCCAUGACUUUUCACAAGGGACUCAGAUCGGCUCUGUGGCGCUUGCCCGCUGAAGUCUUAAGCCAAAUUUUUCAUUACUAUCUUCCAGAAGACAAAUACUUGUCACCCGAAUCGAAGCUGGCCCCCACGUUGUUGACCAGAAUAUGCCGGCCAUGGAGAGACGUUGCUGUUGAUAUGCCCAGUUUAUGGUGCAGGUUGCAUGUUAAAUUCAACCAAGCAGUUUUCCACUAUGACUCCUGGCUCAAGCGAUCACGAGGACGUCCGCUCUCAAUAGCACUGGAGCGCUACGACUCAACUGCGCUCUUAGGAGACCUUCUUCAGCCUUACAUGGAUCAAAUCUCAUUUCUCUCCAUACAUUUUUCCUGCAAAGUGGGCAAACCACAACUUUUCAUAAAAGACAUGCCAGCACUUCGAGAGCUGGUCAUACGGAGGAUGGAUGAACGUGACAUUCUGACUAUAGCGGAAUGUAUCUCGCAACCCCCGUCUACAAUGCAUGUUCUCGAUAUCAUGUACGCGCCGUUUGACAUCAAUCUUCUAUCUUCUCUCGAUCCCGUAUGGGCCCACCUGACACAGGUCAAGAUCAGCUUUUGUCGUCAGGAUGCAUUUCUCCAUUUGCUCCGUUCAUGCCCCAACCUUUUCUCGUUGACGGUU